AUGGCUCUGGACUACGACAGUCAUCCCGCUGAGUUGGUCGAAGGCGGGACCGUUCAGGGCAGGAAGAAGGUGAUCACCGUCGGCGACCUGAGGAGAGCAAUCCCUCCCUACUGCUUCAAGCUUAGCUACACAACUGCCCUCUUCUAUCUGAUACGGGACAUCUUUAUUUGCUACGCUCUGGGAUGGGUGGCUUGGUCCUACAUUCCCCGAAUUCGAUAUGAGGGACGCUUUGAGUUCGAGUUCACCCGCUACGCCGCUUGGUUGCUCUACGGAUAUAUGCAAGGUCUUGUAUUCACGGGGAUAUGGGUCCAAGGGCAUGAAAGCGGGCAUGGCGUGUUUUCCCCUUCACCUAUUCUCAACGAUUCUAUCGGCUUUAUAUGUCACUCCGCGCUGCUGACGCCAUAUUUUGCCUGGCAAUCAACCCAUCGCCGUCACCACAUCUACGCCAACAACCUUGCGAAAGACCACAAUUAUGUGCCUCCAAAGAAAGAGGAGUAUGCCGAAUGUCUCAAUCUGCGGCCUGGGAGCCUCGAGAGCAUUCAUGAACUGGUGGAGGAUGCGCCAAUCGUGGUUUUCUUUCGAAUUGUAAUGCAGCAACUGCUCGGAUGGCCCACAUACUUGAUCUCCAACAUCACAGCUUCCGAGGGCAGUCUCUACCGCCCGCAGUCCAAGGCUUUACUGGGUAAUAGCCACUAUUUGCCUUCCUCAACCCUGUUUCGCCCUGAGGAGGCGCACCUGAUCCUUGCCUCGGACUUUGGACUCGCAGUAAUGGUUGGAGCGCUGUGUCUCGCCGGUCAGUACAUGGGAUUUCAAGCUGUCGCCCUACUCUACAUUCAGCCGUUCCUAUGGUGUAAUCACUGGAUCGUAGCAAUUACUUUUCUUCACCACACUCAUCCUAAGCUGCCAAAAUACGACCCGGAAGCGUGGACUUUCAUGAGGGGCGCUCUGGCGACAGUGGACCGUAAUCUUGGCUGGGUUGGAAAACAUCUUCUACAUAACAUCGUGGAUUACCACGUUAUCCACCACCUCUUCCCGCGCAUCCCUCAAUAUCAUGCCGAGGAGGCGACCAAGGCUAUCAUUCCGCUUCUUGGCAACGCGUAUCAUUCCGAAAAAGAUCAUAGUUUCUGGUAUGGCCUUUGGGAAUCCUUCACCAAAUGUCAGUGGAUCAAGCCUGACGGUAAAGAGGAUGAAAAAGAGCGUGCAUACUGGUUUGAAGGCGGGCCUUGUCUGCCACCGGAAAUAACUAUGAAGAACCGCAGAUGGUUGUAACUGAGCUUACGGUCAAGAUAAGCUUAGGGUAAAGACGG